AUAAUACAAUAUGUACAUUUUAACAGUAGAACGCAUCAUAUUCAUCUGUGGUAGUCAGUUAUUCAUUAUUUUAUUAAAAGGGAGCAUAUUAUAGGAUAAUCUUUACAGAGUUAACCAUUGUUUCCAUGUUUCCAGACAAUCAAAAAUGAACACAGAAGCAAUCUAGUAAAUGAGAAUAUUGAUGACUUAAUAGAAAGUCAGCAGUCCUUCAGAGACCACGAACCCCAGAACAUCUUACUUGACCAUGAAGGCCAUGUUAAAAUAAAGUUUACGGAGCAAUACUAUUGCUCCGUAUACUUUAUUUUUUCUGAUGGAUUCGUGCUGUCUGGGUGUCAGCAAAUACGUUGAGCAAGACAGAGCUGACCGCUACUCAAAAAGAAUCCGAAGCAACUACUUGGUGUGCGAAAAGAUAUCAGGUGGCAGCCAUUUUAUGAAUCCAUCGAUUGGGUGUAACUGGAGGAGGAAAGAUUACAACCCCCAUUCUACCAAGAACAUAAUUCCACAUCCAGACAAUCAAAAAUGAACACAGAAGCAAUCUAGUAAAUGAUAAUAUUGAUGACUUAAUAGAAAGUCAGCAGUCCUUCAGAGACCACGAACCCCAGAACAUCUUACUUGACCAUGAAGGCCAUGUUAAAAUAAAGUUUACGGAGCAAUACUAUUGCUCCGUAUACUUUAUUUUUUCUGAUGGAUUCGUGCUGUCUGGGUGUCAGCAAAUACGUUGAGCAAGACAGAGCUGACCGCUACUCAAAAAGAAUCCGAAGCAACUACUUGGUGUGCGAAAAGAUAUCAGGUGGCAGCCAUUUUAUGAAUCCAUCGAUUGGGUGUAACUGGAGGAGGAAAGAUUACAACCCCCAUUCUACCAAGAACAUAAUUCCACAUCCAGACAAUCAAAAAUGAACACAGAAGCAAUCUAGUAAAUGAUAAUAUUGAUGACUUAAUAGAAAGUCAGCAGUCCUUCAGAGACCACGAACCCCAGAACAUCUUACAUGACCAUAAAGGCCAGAUUUCGGUCUGGCAAAACAGAACAUCUUUCUAGAUGAUACCACCACUGGCUGGGCCGGAACCCUGAAAUAUAUGGCCCCAGAGGCUUUUAAUAACAACAAUGAAAAGAAGCUCAUUAAGUCCAUCAUCUCGGAUGAGCCUGGGAUACCUGACUGGCUAGAUGAUGACACAUCUGGGAAAGCUACUCAAAAAGAAUCCGAAGCAACUCCUUGGUGUGCGAAAAGAUAUCAGGUGGCACCCAUUUUAUGAAUCCAUCGAUUGGGUGUAACUGGAGGAGGAAAGAUUACAACCCCCAUUCUACCAAGAACAUAAUUCCAUAUCCAGACAAUCAAAAAUGAACACAGAAGCAAUCUAGUAAAUGAGAAUAUUGAUGACUUAAUAGAAAGUCAGCAGUCCUUCAGAGACCACGAACCCCAGAACAUCUUACUUGACCAUGAAGGCCAUGUUAAAAUGUCAGAUUUCGGUCUGGCAAAACAGAACAUCUUUCUAGAUGAUACCACCACUACUGGCUGGGCCGGAACCCUGAAAUAUAUGGCCCCAGAGGUUCUAGAUCACAGGGAAUAUACUGCAGCAGUAGACUGGUGGUCAUUUGGCAUCACUGUCUGCAAAAUGGAAACUGGAGAGACCCCUUUUAAUAACAACAAUGAAAAGAAGCUCAUUAAGUCCAUCAUCUCGGAUGAGCCUGGGAUACCUGACUGGCUAGAUGAUGAUUUAACACAUCUGGCUACUCAAAAAGAAUCCGAAGCAACGCCUUGGCUGCGAAAAGAUAUCAAGUGGCAGCCAUUUUAUGAAUCCAUCGAUUGGGUGUAACUGGAGGAGGAAAGAUUACAACCUCCAUUCUACCAAGAACAGGCAAGUUGGGCUGAAGUGGCAUUGCCCCUGGAUACCAGUUGCCAGAGUGUGGCAGGCUAAUGAGAAGGCAGCAGCUGCACUGCAAUCAGUCAGACCGGCUGCCCUGCUGCAUCCUUCAGCCCCGUCCCCACCUGUGUUGGUUUUAGCUGCUGCAUGUGCAGCUCUGCAGGCAAACGCCAACAAUCCACUGAUUUCUCCACAUUGGAAUAAUGAAGCAGCAGACUCAGAAUGGAGAGAAUCCUGUGCUAAAGAAGGAGGCUUCGGAUGGCAAAGCAAAAGAUCCCUGUAUUCAUGAAGCUUUCCUUGAAGUGCCCAAGCAGAUCAUUAGCAAGACACUCUGUUCCCCUACUCCAGAAUCCAUGUGUUUAAAGGACUGGUUAUGUGCCUUCUGCUGCCUGAGGCUGGGAUGCCUAGAAUACCCCAAAAAUGAAAAGCAGCCAUUAGUCAGUGGUAAUAAUAAUCAGUAUAAAACCUAUGCUGUAAUUGAUGAUGAUGAGAGAAACCUGUGGAGUUCCCCCCAUGACUUGUCUCACACAGAGGCUGUGGAUGAUCGAAUGCUGCAGAGUUGGAUCCAGACAAGGAAUCAGCUGGAGAAGGAUUCUGAGGAAUGGCAAAAACUCAACUAUGAGAUUUACACACUAAGACAGGCAAGGCGAGAGGUGAGGGCACGAUGGAGGCGAAUUCUUGAAGAUUUGGGCUUCCAAAAGGAGGCAGAAACACUGCUGUCUGUAACCAAGCAAAGCACAAUCAGCAACCCAAAAAACAUGAAGAGAGCAAUGGAACUGCUUGUGAAACUGUCUGACAACACCACUAUCUUCCCAGCCGGAUGGGACCUUCCAGUGCGAUAUCUCUAUAUAAUGGAUCGACUGAUCUGUUUGGAUGCAGUGGAUGACUUUCUUAACAUUGCCCAGAAGAAAUACCCGAAAACAAAGAUGGAUAUAAGUCAAUAGAUGAAGCAAAAACACAAGACCUUAAUGAAGCCACAAUUUGCCCACUCUCUGCUGGCUGCAAACAUUUACCCUCUCCCCAUGUCAAACUAAAAUGUGAUUUAAUCAUACACACAAAUGAGAAACCUUAAGAUUAACCCCCCUCCCCCGAUUCCAGAGUAUUUUGAAUCUAACUUCACUCAGGUUGACCGGUCGGAAAAGGUGGUGUUUUUACUUUUCUUACAGCUGUUUGUAGGCUAAUGCCAGACAGGGCUGAUUCUCAUCUUAUCUGCAGGCCAAGAAUCGGGCCCGUAUGGUGUUUAAACCUAGGAAAGAGAGACCAAAUCCUAACUGAAGCUGCUGCUGUAUUAAUUCCUUAUAUUGCGAUAUGUCAGUGUAAAUAAAGCAACAUCUGUGUGCAUUAACUGAUAAUGACAUGAGAAAUUAAACUGGAAAGGGAAAUGUAAACCCUCAAAAAUAAUCAAAUUACUCUCUUGAAUUUUUUUUCCCCAAAUUUUCAUGAUAUUAGCAAUUUUGUCAUUUCUAAUAUAAUGAAAUUAAAACAACACCAUUUUGGUCUCUCUGACUGGUGUGACAUUGGGAGAAAAGUUCCUGGGAAAAGUUCUCUAAUGCUGUUCUGCUUAAAAAAAGAGUAGAGAAUAUCUUUUUCCUUUUUAUUACUCUUCAAUUCCAUUUGUAUAUGUUAUAGUUUACACGUCCUUAAGGACCCUUGUUCAGUGUUUUUAGAAAAUGCUUUAUAUUUAGUAUAGUAUUAGUAUAUUUAGUACAAAGAUUAAAAAAAAGUUAAAAAUAUUAUCGUGGAGUUUCUCUACUCUUUUCUAAGCGGAGCAACAUCAGUAGACUUUGCUCUCCUCCUACUAACAUUUUCUCCCUACUCUCAAGCCAUUCAGAAGACCUGACCAACAGGUGGCACUGUUGUUUUUAAUUUGUUUAUGUAAUGUGAAAAUUGCUAAUAUUCUGAAAUCUAGAAAAAAAAUUAUAAAUUGCAAAAGUGCUCAAGAAAGCACUCUUCCCAAAUUUACAUUAAUUUGUUUUGAAGGUUUACAUUUCCCUUAACUGCUGAAAUCACUAUUUAUCUUCUAAAUUUGAAAAUAGCUAGGUCUUCCUGUAAAGACAUAAGCCACCCAGUGCCCUCAAUAUAGGAAUGGGAACUAUAAAAGUUUUAUUGUGUGUUGAAUGGCCCCAGUAUAAGAAUGGGGGCUAUAAAAGAUUUAUUCUGUAUUGUACAUGAGUCUGUAAAUCUGUAUAAUAAAGUAUUUAACAUUU